AUGACGUUGCCGAUGAUGAUGUGGAGAGUGUCAGCGACGGCGUGGCGGCACGGCGUGCGCUACCAGUCGACGGCGCCGGCCAACAUGUUCUCGCUCUACCCCAAAAACUUCCCCCACGGCGGGCCGCCCCACGACCCCUUCGUCGUCAACGACCGGGCGUUGCGGCGGGAAUACAAACUCCUCCAGCUGGUGGCCCACCCGGACAAGCAGGCGAGCGCCACCGAUGACGCCCAGCUGACCGAGAUCAACAAGAGCUACCGCAUCCUCAGCAACCCUUACACCCGCCUCUGCCACUUGAUCCAGCUCCACCACCCGGCCCACGUCGACAUCAGCGACGACGCCGUGGCCAAGGACUUGAUUGCCAAGUACCAGAACAAGCUGCCGGAAAACCUGAGCCGGUACAAGGAGAUGUUGAUGACGGUGCUCGACGCCCACGAGCUGUUGGAGCUCGCCGACACCGAGAAGGACUUGGAAGAGCUCGAGACGGAGAACGACCUCCGCAUCGGCGACAGCGAGGACGCCAUCGACGCCGCCAUCCGCCGCCAGUGGCCCCCCGCCGACUGGGACGAGCUCAUGAUCGCCGCCAUCAAGCUCAAGUACUGGGUCAACAUCCAGAACGCGUGCAAGGAGUGGGAGCCGGGCAAGCCCGUCCACUUGACCCAUUGA